AUGGCUGAAAAACCGGCGGGCCCCCACCACUCCCGGUUGAAACCGAUGGAUCAAAAGGGAAAGGCAAUCAUAACUCCAGUCGACGGCGAAGAAGGGAAAUUUUAUUUGGUUGCCAAAAUCAUUUCCGUCUUCGUCUUCGAUGAACUUGCCGACCGGAACAAAACCUUGAAACUCCGACCCUGGUAUUACGGCCGGUGUUUGGUGGUGAUGACGGCGUUGGAACCCGGGACCGACAUUUCCGAUCUCCGAUUCGACGAAUCCCCUUUCUGGGUACACGUUAAGAAACUCCCAUUCGAUGCGAUGACUUACGAAUUGGCGCAGGAGAUUGGGGACUGCAUCGGGGACUUCAUUUCCGCGAAGAGGAAUCCGGACGGACUCUGUGUCGGGUCGACCCUGCGUAUUCGGGUUCGUCUCUUUUUGGACCGCCCGAUCAUCCAAGAACUGCUGGUGCUAUGCAGAGGAGAAGGACGCACCGUGGAAUUGCAGUAUGAAAAGCUAGAUGGUUAUUGUACUUUUUGUGGCCGGCUUUCCCAUGUGGUGGAGCAUUGUGAACACAGAUUGGUCCGGUUCAUGGACGGAGAUAGACGUACUCCGCCGGAGAACUGGGGUGAUUGGCUCCGGUACGGUUCUCCCGUACAAGUCCCCCGCCGGACCUCCGUUGGAGUAAACCGCACCCACUUUCCAUACAAGAUUGCUGCCGAUAAAACAGGUACACUAUCUCCGGACUUUCCGGUCACCAUCGUUGACCAUCUGAAUCUUUCAAUGGCAGACUCUGCGGAAUCAACUGACGCUAAAGUUACUGGUUCAAUGGACAACUCUGUGAAAUCAACUCCGGCCUUCAAAUUUACUGGCCGGUGGGCAGACAAAGCCGACACCCAGGAGGCGGCAGCAUCAGGAGAAUUAACCCCUGUCCAGAACGCACUCGAUUCGUUAACCAUCGAGGAUACGACCAAAAUCAACAAGGAUGCUGACUCUCUGCCAGAACCCCCGGCGGUGGCGGCGGCAAUCACCCCGGACGAGAUUGUUACAGCUGGAGAUACUAUAUACGGAUCAGCCGAAAAGUUCGAAGAUUUGAAUUUGUCGCCGGAGUUGUUGAAGGGGUUGUAUGUGCAGAUGAAAUUCGAGAAACCCAGUAAGAUCCAAGCAAUUAGUCUGCCGAUGAUUUUGACUCCCCCAUUCAAGAAUUUGGUGGCCCAAGCUCACAAUGGUUCGGGGAAAACUACGUGUUUUGUACUGGGUAUGUUGAGUCGGAUCGAUACCAAACUGGCUGCCCCUCAAGCUCUCUGUAUCUGCCCAACGCGUGAACUGGCAACUCAGAAUAUGGAAGUCCUAUUGAAGAUGGGGAAGUUCACAGGGAUAAAAUCAGAAUUAGCUAUUCCAGCAGAUGGUAAUCAUAGGCGGUCGCCUAUUACUGCCCCAGUAGUGAUUGGCACUCCCGGCACAAUAAGUCGUCCGAUUGUAUCGACGAAACUGAGCCUGAGUUUCAUGAAGAUACUUGUGUUUGAUGAAGCAGAUCACAUGCUUGCAGAGGGUUCUUUUAGAGAUGACUCCAUGAAGACAAUGAAAUCCAUUGCUAAAAGUAGUCCUGAUUGCCAGGUCCUCCUUUUUUCUGCAACAUUUAACGAUGCAGUCGGGGCUUUUGUUGACCAGACGAUUCAAGAAAUCUUUCACAAGGAUUAUAAUCAAAUGUUUGUUAGAAAGGAAGAACUAUCACUGGCUUCGGUGAAGCAGUACAAAGUCAAUUGCCCAGAUGAACUUGCUGUUGGAAAUUUUAGUUUAUUCAAAAACAGAAUCCUGGAACUAGGUGAUAAAGUGGGGCAAACGAUAAGAGUUGUCCGCACUCGAAAUAGUGCCAGCAUGUUACGUAAAAGUUUGGUCGAUCUUGGCUAUGAGGUUACAUCAAUUCAAGGUGAUUUACAGCAACAAGACCGUGACAAGAUAGUCAAAGAGUUCAAAGAAGGAUUAACUUCAGUUCUUAUAUCAACUGAUAUUCUUGCUCGUGGCUUUGACCAAGAUCCAGAACCAGACUAUGAAGUCUACCUGCAUCGUGUUGGUAGAGCUGGUCGAUUUGGCCGCAAAGGGGCUGUAUUCAACUUGCUUUGCGAUAAUCGGGAUAAGCAGCUGAUGGCUAAGAUUGAGAAGUACUACAACUGCGAGAUAGCGGAGGUGGCUCCCUGGCAGAGCGAAGAUGGUUUCGAAGAUGCAUUGAUAAAUGCUGGACUAGAUAUGGACUUUUUGUUUUUCGAUCCCGUUGCAUUGCUCUGGUAG